UUGUGGGCAAGUGCAUCUCUCAGCCUAGUGUAUGUGUGCGCUCAAAUAGCCCAACAAGUUGAAACGGUGGUAGUUAUACAACAUUUGUUCAGCAUUCAGAAGACAAGGAGGAGUGUAUGCAGAGAAAUAGUGUUGCUCUGGCAUCGGUUUUUCAUUGUCUCUUCUCUCACUCUCUUAUCUUACAGCGGUCUGGCACACGGCGGCGUUACCAAGACGAUGGUCUUUCCGAUGAAGAGAUUGAUGGAAAGAGGACUUUCGAUCUGGAGGAGAAGCUCCACAGCAAACGCUUCAGCUCAGACCGAGUCAAGCGCAUGGAGGGCAAAGACCUCACAUAUGAGUACAUUCAGAGAUGUGGGCUUCGGGACCCCAUCAUCUUUGAGAGACCUGAUGGACUUGGCAUUAAGUAA